UUUAUUGAUUGCUGUUGCUGAGUUGAGCUUGGUCUUCUAUUCCAUUUUCGGAUCAUCCCCAGCACUAAAAACAACUCUUGAUUCUCAAGCGGUGAUUAUGGAGAAAGCAAAUUCGUCAUCCGGAUUAGUGAGGACAAAAUCGGAUCAGCUAGUGGAGUCAAUGGUGGCAGCUUUGAAAUCACCACCGUCUGAUCAUUCAAUGAACGGAAUGAUGGAAGGUGGUGGGACCCUUUCGAGGAAAUCAAGCCGGCGGCUGACGGCGGCGUCGCCGGGACGCGGCGGCGGAAAGAACACACACAUAAGAAAGUCAAGGAGUGCUCAAAUAAGUCAAAUGAAAUUGGAGCUUGAUGAUGUGAGUAGUGGUGCAGCACUUAGUAGAGCCUCGAGUGCUAGCUUGGGACUCUCAUUUUCAUUCACUGGAUUCACUAUGCCUCCUGAGGAUAUUGCUGACUUCAAACCUUUCAGUGAUGAUGAUAUCCCGGAGGAUAUCGAAGCUGGAAGAAAGACAAAGUUUCAAACGGAGCCUACUUUGCCUAUAUAUCUUAAGUUCACGGAUGUGACAUACAAGAUAGUGAUCAAAGGCAUGACAACAACUGAAGAGAAGGAUAUCUUGAAUGGGAUCACUGGUUCUGUAAAUCCAGGUGAAGUUUUGGCAUUGAUGGGUCCCUCGGGAAGUGGAAAGACAACUCUAUUAAAUUUGCUUGGAGGCAGGUUAAGUCAGCCCAUGGUUGGUGGUUCUAUCAGUUACAAUGACCAACCAUAUUCCAAGUUCCUCAAGAGCAAGAUAGGAUUUGUGACACAAGAUGAUGUUCUAUUUCCUCACCUAACUGUGAAAGAAACAUUAACAUACGCAGCCAGGCUAAGACUUCCAAAGACAUUCACAAAGGAGCAGAAAGAAAAACGAGCUUUAGAUGUCAUCUAUGAGCUUGGCUUGGAGAGGUGCCAAGACACUAUGAUUGGUGGUUCCUUUGUUCGUGGAGUAUCUGGUGGAGAGAGGAAGAGGGUUUGUAUUGGCAAUGAGAUCAUAAUCAACCCUUCUCUUCUUUUUCUUGAUGAACCAACAUCUGGUUUGGAUUCUACAACAGCCUUAAGGAUCGUUCAGAUGCUGCAAGACAUAGCAGAGGCUGGUAAAACAGUGGUGACAACAAUCCACCAACCAUCAAGCAGACUCUUUCACAAAUUUGACAAGUUGAUCCUUCUUGGAAAAGGGAGUUUGCUUUACUUUGGAAAAGCACCAGAAGCAAUGAAUUACUUCCAUUCUAUAGGGUGUUCACCACUUAUUUCCAUGAACCCAGCAGAGUUCUUGCUAGACCUUGCUAAUGGAAACAUUAAUGAUGUUUCCCUACCUUCAGAGUUGGAAGAUAGAGUGCAAAUGGGAAAUGCAGAAGCUGAAACACACAGUGGAAAACCAUCACCAGCAGUUGUACAUGAGUAUCUGGUGGAGGCAUAUGAAACUAGAGUAGCAGAAACAGAAAAGAAAAAAAUAAUGGUUCCUAUCCCCCUUGAUGAAGCAGUGAAGUCUAAAGUAAGUUCUCCUAAAAGACAAUGGGGAGCUAGUUGGUGUGAACAAUAUUCCAUACUAUUUUGGAGAGGAAUCAAAGAAAGGAGGCAUGACUACUUUAGCUGGCUGAGAAUCACCCAAGUUUUAUCCACUGCAGUCAUCUUAGGAUUACUCUGGUGGCAAUCAGAUGCUAAGAACCCAAAAGAUCUACAAGAUCAGGCAGGACUACUUUUCUUUAUUGCUGUUUUCUGGGGAUUUUUUCCUGUUUUCACAGCAAUAUUCACAUUUCCUCAAGAGAGAGCAAUGCUGAGUAAGGAACGAGCAGCAGAUAUGUACAGACUAAGUGCAUACUUCUUGGCUAGAACCACAAGUGACCUUCCACUAGACCUCAUAUUACCAGUGCUCUUUCUACUUGUUGUUUACUUCAUGGCUGGUCUCAGACUCAGUGCUGCCCCUUUUUUCUUCACCAUUCUCACUGUUUUCCUCUGCAUUGUGGCAGCUCAGGGACUGGGACUCGCUAUUGGGGCUACACUAAUGGACUUAAAAAGAGCAACAACUUUGGCUUCAGUAACUGUGAUGACCUUCAUGCUCGCUGGAGGAUUUUUUGUGCAGAAAGUGCCUGUGUUUUUUUCUUGGAUCCGCUACAUGUCUUUCAACUACCACACCUACAAACUAUUGCUAAAGGUGCAAUAUGAACACUUGGCACCUACCAUUAAUGGGAUCAAAAUUGAUAAUGGUGUAACAGAGGUAUCUGCUCUAAUUGCCAUGGUUUUUGGUUACCGUUUCUUGGCAUAUCUUUCUUUGAGACGAAUGAAACUUCAAUCUGGAGCUUGAAAUAACAAGGUGCUUCCUAUCUACAUUAAGAAUUCAAGUACCUAGCAUUGGUGGGUCUAGUGCUUUUGGCAUUUUCUUUUCUGAUAAUCAUGUGAAUAUUGCAGUUCAUUUAGCAUGUUGAAAUGUCACACAUGCAUGCCACAUGUUUUUAUAGGCACAUCAGUAUCUGAAGAAUUCGGAGAUGUGUUUUUGAGAAUUACUUAACUCUCUGAGAGUGUUUCAUUGACUG